CAUCGAUAUUCCGCGCGCUCAGCUGUUCUAUCGUUUCAUUUACACAUCACGGCCUCACAAUCGAAUCUUCGAAGCUAGUACUUCGUUCCGGGUGGAUGUGAUGGCGAGUUGAGGUCCCGUGCAUGUGUCUUUAUAUCUCUAUACACUGCCUCCUCCUCAACGAGUCAUCUGUUCGGAAAGCUUGGCCUCGGAUCUGGAUCCUAUAAAGCCAUUCCGCGCGAUUUUGAGUCUUGAUGUCCGGCUAAACUGCCAUUGGAUAUCAGCAUUCAUUAAAAUCAUGAUUUGAAUUUCAGCAUCGAUAUCUAGUAGAUUUGUAUUCCUGUCCCUUAUUUUCCCUUAUUUCUCUUAAGUCAAUAGAGGUCAACAUGGCUCCGUCGUUCGUCCGCGCCAUAUCUCUCAUCUUUGUCCUCGCUCUCAGUAGUAUUGCCUACAAACUAUCCGAUACAGGCGUUGGCAGAGCGUCGCUGUUGCAGGAAUGUCCAAUAUUCUUCACUACAACCAAGAAAUGCGACCCAAUUGCGCCGAAAAGUUUCCUGCCUGCCAAUGUAAUGAACAUCGCAAAGAAUAAGGACGAGGACAAGGACGGUGGAUCACACUCGCCAAACCUCAAUGUUCUAGCAGAUGUCCUGGAGAGCAUGGAGGUCAUGCAAACUGAAUAUUUCGCUCCAUGGCUCGGAACAUGGCCUGACGCGAUCGACUGGACGGCUGCCGUUAUGGGAACUCAUGUUUCGGGCGCUGUGCGCAGCCUUUCCGAAGCUCUAGCACACCUUAACUCGAAAUGGGAAAAGUUCGUGGAUUGGAAGUUACAGACGAAUCUGGUCGACAAGUAUUUCACCCAGAUUACGGCUUACUAUUUUGGACAAGACGCUUUUGCGAUCCGAAAUGAGGCGUAUGACGAUAUCCUCUGGGUGGUACUCGGCUGGCUCGAGGCCAUCCAGCUUGUGAACGUUCAUACCGACUUACAUUUCAGGUCGGAUUUCCAAGACGAAGUCUCUAUCCCUGAGGCGAAUAGUUUCCCGAGGCUUGCAGAUUUCUUUCUAAACCAGACAUAUCAUGGAAAUGUAUGGAUUCCCGCCUUUGCUCACCGCGCUCGUGUAUUCUGGGAGCUAGCGUCUGUUGGAUGGGACACAAAGCUGUGUGGCGGAGGUAUGGUGUGGAACCCGCGUCUUCUGCCAUAUAAAAACGCAAUUACGAACGAACUAUUCAUUGCGGCAUCUAUAUCAAUGUAUCUAAACUUCCCUGGCGAUGAUAAUCCGUCGCCUUUCUAUGGUUCGAGAGAUACCAGUGGUACCGCUCCUCACACACGCAGUGGGCCGAGAGAUGCAAGAUAUCUUAAAGCUGCUGUGGAAGGCUACAAAUGGCUCGUCAGUUCUAACAUGACUGAUGAACAGGGCCUGUACACAGAUGGCUUUCACAUCAGCGGGUAUCAAGACACGGGUAACAACAACACAAAAUGCGACGAACGGAACGAAAUGGUCUUAUCAUACAACCAAGGCGUCCUUCUCACUGGCCUCCGUGGACUCUGGGACGCGACGGGUGCUUCGUCUUAUCUUUCGGAUGGCCACAAGCUAAUCCAGAACGUGAUCAGAGCAAGCGGGUACAACCUCGCCUCAGACUCGCCCAUCGAGGACCUCCUGACUCUGAAACCAGGCCACCUCCCGAAAUGGCAUGGUCUCGGUCGUGCAGGCGUCAUGGAGGACCCCUGUGAUGCAAGCGGGACCUGUAGCCAGGAUGGACAGACCUUCAAGGGCAUCUUCUUCCAUCACUUGACCAGCUUCUGCGCGCCCCUCGUUGAGCCGUUCCCAACCCCCGAUCCCGAAAUCAAGGUCGAUGCCCGCGCCUUCACAGCUGCUCGCGACUCGCACGCCGGGGCCUGUGCUGCGUACGGUGGGUGGCUGAAGCACAACGCGCGCGCGGCGCUGGCUACCCGCAAAGACGGGAAGUUCGGGCAGUGGUGGACAGCUGGGCUGCUAGAUCACUGGGUCGGACCAUGGCCUACCAUGGAAGAUGAUGGGAUACCGCGUGCGUCGAACAAAGUCGAUUACCGCAACUACGGUGUGCCGAACGACACAACGUGGCGGGCGCAACCCGGCUUUAUGAUGCCCUCUGUAAAUCCGGAUCAAGCGCAAAAACCGCUAUUCGUCAUAGACGACGAUAGGCGAAUAGGCGAGCUCAAGAAGCGACAGGAAAUCCAAGUCAAUGAAGCGGGGGGUAACGCGACAGACCCGAAUACGCGCGGGCGCGGUAGGACGGUUGAGACCCAGGGCGGCGGACUGGCGCUUAUGAGGGCUUAUUGGCAGAUUGUGCAUGCGCCUUAAUCGGGCAGCGAUGCACGAUCGGUGAUUCAGCCUAUCGGGGUUGGAUAGAACAGCAUCAUUGGCAUAUGUUGGCGCUCGAUUAUACGUACAUCGUGUAAAAGAUAUGGUUUCAAGGGCUGUCUAGAUCUAGAAAGGGCAGCUAUGUAAGUUGGGGUGACAUUCGCAUUUUCAGAGCAUGUAUAACAUAUAUAGGGACGGAAAGGAUACGCCGAUUUUUAUGGCGAUUUAUACAUACGUACAUAGCAGAGAGGCACCUAUAUAUAUGAGCAAGAAAGGGGACAUCUGGAUAUAUAUACAGCUAGACAGAGCUAGGAAACCCGAUUUCUUCUACUCAGAUAGAGUACAA